AAACGGCGUAAUGUAUUUUGACGCAGUCGUAGAGAACGAAAAUUAAACCGACAGUUAAAGGCGAAGAUUCUUAGCCAGGUUCGUGGUAUUGAUCACAAGAACUUACUCAGCAAUUCAGCAACCGAAUCGCAGAACCUAUGGACCAUCAACCUCUUCAUUUGGAUUACACGGAUUCUCUCUUUGUUUGGGACCAAAAUUCCCAGCUUUACUUCCACGCCAGUAGUGGAUUUUAUCAUGAUCCUAAUGCUGGCUGGUAUUAUAGCACCACAGAUGGUGUUUAUUACAAAUUUGAGGAUGGGAAUUAUGUACCUUUGCCUUCUAAUAAGGAUGAUUGUGAAGAAGUGUGCAAGGAAACCAAACUCGAAAGUCCUCAACAAAUACACAGUAUUAACAAUGAGGACUGUCCUUCCUUCGUUGGAAACGAAUUUGAAACUAACCAGCAGAUAGGAAAUUUGUCUGAGGAAGCAGCGGAUGAUGCCGUGAACUCCACGAACAGUCCAACUUGUGAAAACCCUCCACCACCAUCAGCAUGGUUAGAGGACACACUUAUUGAUCUUUACUUAUCUGGCUACACCAACACAGCACUUAGUGCAGCUGAUUCAGAGACAAUGCCCUUGGAAACAGAUGGAUAUAUGUCCACAUUUGAAGCUUGCAGCAAUACUAAUGAAGUGGAAGGUGAGUGGACUACAGGCCCGGCGGAUGAAAAUGGCAUGGCUGAUUAUGAAAAAAUUGUAGAUGAAGGCGUAGCUUACUGCGAUAGUUAUGAAGUGGAAGAAGGUGAGUGGAUCCCAGAUUUAGAGGACGAAAAUCACAUAGCUGAUAGAAGUACCAUAGAUGAAGGUAUCUUGUUGGAUGAAGAAAAAUGGCGAGCCCAGUAUGGUCAAGUCAUUGAAUCAAGGAAAGAUUUGGUUUUAGAGUUUCCAAUUGUGGACUUGUGGGAUUGGGAAAUGGUUAGAGUAUCCAAAAAAGAUGGAAAGGAUAGGGUGGCAAGGUUGGUUGGAAGACUGGUCAAACAAUCUGCAAAGCGACAUCCAUCUAUCUCAUCUGGUGAAAAGAAAUUUAGAUCUGCUCCUAUCUGCGAAGUAUAUCUCGAUCUGGUACGCGUCAAAACAGGACAAGUGUAUAGAUUGAGAAAUCCUAGUGCAAGAUAUGUGGCCUCAUUAUCAAGCUAUGAUUCGGCCGAUCCCACAAAAGAUUGGGAUUUUCCUCAGCUAUCAUCUAAUACAAAUAGCACACAUGUAUCUAAGCCCGGUGAAAGUACACCUUCCACUUCAAAUGAAAUUCCUACAGAGAAGGAUUUGCCUAUGUUGCCAAGUCAGCUUUCUGCGUCCAAGCAAAUAAAAUGUCAAUACAGAGAUCGGGCGGCUGAAAGAAGAAUCUUGCAUGGUGGCUUUGGUGUGGGUCCAGGACAGAAGAAUCUAGCUGGCGGUUAUGAUACAGCAUCAUCACCUGAUGCUUGUCCACAAGAAGCUGCAGAAGAGGCCUUGAAAAUAUCAUUUGGAGCAGGUAGUUAUGCCAGGAAACUUCUAGAAGGAAUGGGCUGGAAAGAGCAUUCUUGUGCAGGGAGAAGGGCUUGGCAGCUCUACAAAGGGCUUGGUGGAACCUAUUCAACCAAGUGGAAACACUGGCAGUGCAGGUUUAGGAUGGCCUCGGCGAAAUUGACAAAAUGAACAAGGCUGACCAUGAGGCAGCGCCACACAAUGAAACUUGUUAUGAUUCAAAAUUUAAGAACACCAAUGUAUUAAUGUACUGAUAAAUUGUACAAUUAAUCAAUGAAACAGUACAAUUUAUACUCCUGGGAAUUUAGAGAUAACAGUGGAUGAUAGCAUGCAAGCCAAUUUGUUAAGGGAGAAGGUAAGACAAAGUACUGUAGCACUCGAAAGUGUUAAGUGAUGUAAUCCCCUUAGUCUUAUUCCAUAGUCAAUGUAUGCCUUAUAUAGGCUCAAGUACAGUACAUGAUUCAACUUAUGGACACAUACAACAGUUA